GCGCAAACCACUGUCUCGAAAAGCAAAAUGCCUCGGAGCAGGUUUCGGGCGCGCCACAAGGAUGAAAGCGGAGAGAGGACGGAAGAGAAGGCAGAGUGAAUGGAGUGAAAGAAGAAGGCGAGAAGGAAGAAGAAGAGAGAGAGGUGACAUGGAGAAGGGAAUGGUGAGCAGCCUUGCUGAUGUCCCCAUCGGAGACUCGGGUUCCGUGGAGGACGGUGGGUGUACUACCGCCGCACGGAACAUCCCGAUAUCGCCGGCGCAGGUUGAUGCAACCGAAGUGGUCUACCGAAGACCCACUGCCAACUUCGCCGCCAGGUUCGCCAAGAUCCUCUUCUUUGCGCACCUCGUCGCCGUCGCCAUCCUCAUCAUUUUCCUCUCCCUCCGUGGCUUCCUCGGCCGAAACCCAGCAUUCCGCCCUGCCCACUGGUUCGCGCCCCUCCUGACCGCCGCCGUGUCCUCCGCCCUCGUGGCCAUCCUUUGGCUGCUUUUCGUCCUCCGCCACCCCGCCAAAGUCAUCAAGGCCUCCCUCUGGCUCGCCCCGUCGCUCGUUUGCGCCGUUGCCGUGCUCCUCCUGACCGAUGGCGGCAGCUCCAGCCUGGCCUUCGCGGUGCUGGGCUUGCUCCUCGCUCUGGUGCAGUCGCUGUACGGCUGCUGGAUCGUUCGUCGCCUUCACCAUGCCUACGAGAUCCUCUCCAUCUCCAUCGCCGCCGUCCAGCCGACCACCACGCUGGCGAAGUACGUUGCGCUCGCACUCCUCGCCGGCCUCGUGUUCUCCUCCAUCUGGACACUCGGCGCCGGCGGUGUCGCAGCCGGCGGUGGCUCGCGGUUCGCACCUCUCUACGUGCUGCUGUUGCUGCUCAGCCUCGGGUGGACCAUGCAAGCGAUCAGAUACAUGGUUCUCGUGGCGGUGGCGCAGCUGGCCUACCUUAGUCUGGCAUUCGGGACGGAGACGGCCGUGCCGGUGGCCUUCGAGGCUGCCGCCAAUGGAGCACUCGGCGACGUGUGCUACGGCUCCGCCGUGAUCCCGCUGGUAGUGGCGAUCCGGGGGACAGCUCGCGCGAUGGGUCUGAUCGCUGGCGGCUCGGACGAGUUCCUGUUCUCCUGCGCCAGUUGCUACGUGGGCAUCGCAGACCAGCUGGUGGUGCGGGGUAACCGAUGGGGGUUCGUCUACGCCAGAGUGCGCGGCAAGGGGCUGGGGAACGCGUCGGCGGAGGUGUGGGAGAUGUUCAUCAAACAGGGCAUGGGGCAGCUGAUCGACACGGACAUCACAAGCUCACUCUGCUUCCUUUCCGGGGUGACCGGCGGUGGGGUUGCGGCCUUGGUCGCAGGAUCCUGGGCGACGGCAGCCGACAAGGGCCAUGUAACAGAAGCCACAGUCUACGCCUUCAUCAUCGGCUACUUCAUGACUCGGAUUGCAAUGGCUUGGCCGCAGGCGUGCGUGGCGGCUUACCAUGUGGUCUUCGCCGAGAACCCGCAGAGCCGCCGCAUGGGCCCCUGCAUUCCUACUCGGUUGAGGGAGCUGCGAUCAUCUCCACAUUGACCUCUCCACGCAUCAGAUCGGUUUCAAGAGGUUCAUACAUUACAUAAAACCUUGUCUGCUUUUGUCGCAUUUCACAAACAACUGCAGAUCACACAAUUUAUAACUCUAAUCUGAAAGCACCGAACGAAGAAAAGAAAAAGAAACUGGAAAUACACUAUUGGGAGCACGGAGAAAAGGUUGAUAGCUAACCCGAAUCACCAAUCUUCCAACUAACGGGAUAACUUUGGAAGGGAAAACAAAAGCUCAAAUCGAUAUUUAACUGGGAAAAGGAAAACUACAGAUUUGCUACGGCUGAGAUAGACGUUAAGCGUACAUGUCAACAGUUGGCAACACCAUUGGCAGCUACCAGCUUCUCAGUCGAGGAGUUAGCAUUCUUUGGAGCAACACCAGCCACGCCAUUCGUUUCAAGUGUGAGCCCGUCCCUUGCAGUUUCUUUCUUCAGAAGUGUAAUCGCUUCCAAGGGCUUGCCAUUUACUUCAUUGUUAUCUUUGCGGUCAAAAUCCACUGGUUUUCCAUCCACAACCUGAGAUUGACAACCAUAUAUAUGAUCAUGCAAAGCAAUGUAGAAUUUCCAAGCUGUCUAAAAGUGCAAAGUUGAUGUA